AUGGUUGCCAUCCUCCGAGCCCUGGCCUUCGAACUGCUUACCUUUGGCGUCCACAGCGUCAUCGCGCCGCAGCCCACCCUCGACCGCCAACAAAAGCGACACUACGACGCUUCCAAGCGCUUCCUGCGCACUAUCUACGGUUACGAAGAGUACGAACCGGUCGAGCGACUUGCGCACUUCCUUCCCGCUCAUCCACAGCUCGAGCAGCACGCCUGGCAGCACGCUCUUGCUCAUGGAAACGGACCCGUCCAUUGGACCAUGAGCUCGAAUGAGAAGAAUCUUUUCGCAACCACACGCAUCCCGAGCAACAGCCGGCUGGGACGAACUUGGAACUUGGAUUGGGUCGACUGGCCCAGAGACGCGUAUGCCUUCUGGCACGUCAAGAAGGGCGGCGAUAGGAAGCUUUUGCGCUUGGACGUGUGGCCUUCGCAGCCAAUUCCGGCUCCGGUCGAAGCUGUAUCCGCCGAAUGGCUGAUGCAGCGCGCUCACUAG